AUGAGGACUUGGUUCUACUCCAAAUACGGAGGCCCAACCGUCAUGCAAACGGGUGACCAGCCCGACCCCGACCUGGGCGGACCAAAGGACGUCGUGGUUAAAGUGCAUGCAGCCUCGCUCAAUCCCAUUGACUACAAGCGGCGCCAGGGCGUGCUGAAGAUGCUGCUGGAAAAUACUUGGCCGCACAUUGUCGGGUAUGAUUUUUCGGGUGUGGUGACCAACUGCGGAGACGACGUGGACAAGUUUGCAUUGGGCGAUGAGGUGUUCGGUAUGCUACCGCACUUUAGCAAUGGCGCCCUGGCGGACUUUGUCGUUGUGAAAGCGGAUUACAUCAGCAAGAAGCCUUCGAAUUUGACACAUGUGGAAGCUGCGGCCUUACCUUUAGUGACGCAGACAGCACUACAAUGCUUUCGUCUGGGGCAGCUAGCUGAAAACAAAAAGGUGCUGAUCACUGGCGGAGCUGGAGGCGCUGGGUCAAUGGCUAUUCAAAUCGCCAAGAGUGUCUUCAAGGCUCGAACUGUUGCGACAACUGCAAGCACAAAAAAGCUGGAGCGAAUGCGACUUCUUGGUGCCGAUGAGGUGGUGGACUACGGGCACGAGCGCUUUGAACGCGAGUUGGCUGAGUAUGACUUCGCUCUAGACUGCACCGCAGAGGCCAAGCAGUGCUUCGAGUGCAUCACACGUGGUGGCUCAGUCGUGUCGAUCGCGGAGACGCCGACUUGGAAAUCGCUUUCCACUGGUGAUCUCCAGGGUGUGAGCGUGUCUUACCUUCUGGGUGUUCUCCUGGACUGCCUGAGCAGCUCAGUGACGCGUCGUGCGCGCCAAGCUCAAAUCACGUACGAGUACAUGUUCGUCGUGGCCGAUGGCGCCGUUAUGGACGAGAUCCGUCAGCUCGCUGAGCAACGCUCCAUCACACCGGUGAUCGACAAGGUUUUCCCUUUUGAAAAGGCUGAUAUGGCCAUGGAGUACUUGGAAGCGGGGCAUGCUAUGGGAAAGGUGGUCGUGCAGCUCGUUGAUACUACCAAAGCAAGCUGAACAAGCUGGGUUGAAUGAGCAGAAGGAAGCGAUAAGCGUACAUGUACACUUUGAUAUAUUGCGAAAAACGUGUUAUUUCUAUUA